UCGCGCUUGGCGCUCGGGGCAGGGAUUUAGGGCUCGCGUCGCGACGGCGCCCCCAUGGAUCAAAGAUCGCCAUGGCAGCCGCGGGAGGAGGGCGUCAACGAAAUCUGCGCGCUGCUCCAGGAGGGCAAGCGGCCCAACGCCGACCAGGCGCGGAUUUUCGAGCAGCUCCAGCGCUGCAGCCAGGUCCCGGAUUUCAACAAUUAUCUCGUCUUCAUCCUCUGCCGCAGCGAGGGACAAUCAGUGGUAGUCCGACAGAGCGCUGGAUUGCUACUGAAAAACAACUUAAAAUCGUCCUACAAGCGUCUCCCUGGCGUCUACCAGCAAUAUAUCAAGUCGGAGCUUCUUCCUCGACUUGGAUCUCCAAACAGGGAACUACGUGCCACCGUCGGGACCGUCGUGAGUGUGAUCAUCCAGGAAGGCCAGCUCCAGACGUGGCCCGAGUUGUUCCAAGGGAUUCUAGAGUGCCUCGAGAGCAACGACUAUAACCAUAUGGAAGGAGCGCUUGACGCAUUGUCUAAGAUUUGUGAGGAUGCCGCCGAUCAACUAGACCAAGUUGUCCCAGGACUAGCACAGAAACCAUCUGAUGUGUUUAUUCCGCGGCUGCUGAAGUUCUUCUCGUCGUCUCACGUAACGCUAAGAAAGCUUGCGCUGGGCGCGGUGAACCAAUUUAUUAAUUUCAUGCCCCAGGCACUCUUUGUUAACAUGGAUAACUACCUUCAAGGUCUUUUUACGCUUUCCAACGAUCCUGCGCCUGAAGUGAGGAAAUUGGUGUGUGCGGCGCUCGUUCGGUUGUUGGAGAUGGAUGCAGAAAUUCUCCGGCCUCACAUGAAAAGUGUAAUUGAAUAUAUGUUACAAGCAAACAAUGAUCCAGAUCCAGAAGUAGCGCUAGGGUCAUGUGAGUUCUGGACGGCAUUUUGUGAAGCACAGCUACCUUUGGAACUUUUAAGAGACGCCCUACCUCGACUAAUUGGAGUUCUUCUAACAAACAUGAUAUACGCAGAUGAUGAUGAAGCUCUGCUCGACUCUCAGGACGAUGAAAGCGUACCCGACUCGGAGCAGAACUUAAAGCCUAGAUUUCAUCAAUCACGAGUUCAUGGAAAUGAAACUGAUGAUGAUGAGGACACGGAUGAAAUUAUAAGUUCGUGGAAUUUGCGUAAGUGCAGUGCGGCUGGACUGGACACUCUAUCGACAUUAUUUGGCGACGAUAUUUUACCUCUCCUCAUGCCCCUAGUAGAGGCAAGACUAUCGAAUUCGUCGGAUGAUAAAUGGAAAGAUCGCGAGGCAGCAGUUUUGGCUCUAGGAGCUGUUGCUCAAGGCUGUAUAAAUGGUCUCCUUCCACACCUUCCUCAGAUGAUUGCAUUCCUUACACCACUUCUGGAAGACAAGCAUCCUUUGGUCAGAGGGAUCACCUGUUGGACACUGUCUCGUUAUAGCAAAUGGAUAGUCCAGGCAGCAAGUGAAACAAAUGGUCUCCAACAGUUCGAUAGUGUUUUAACGGGACUACUUCGACAAGUCAUUGGCACCAACAAACAAGUACAAGAAGCAGCCUGCUCCGCGUUUGCUACGCUUGAAGAAGAAGCGGCAGAAGAAGUUAUUCUUCAACAUCAUCUUGAAGUCAUUCUACAACAUCUUAUGUUUGCUUUUAGUAAAUACCAGCGCCGUAACCUACGAAUUUUGUACGAUGCCAUCGGAACGCUAGCAGAUGCAGUGGGUGGAGACCUUAAUGAGCCCAAGUAUCUCAAUAUACUGAUGCCACCAUUGAUAGCAAAAUGGCAACAGCUCGCCGACAAUGACAAAGAUCUAUUUCCACUUCUAGAAUGUUUUACGUCCAUCGCACAGGCAUUAGGCUCUGGAUUUGCGCAGUACGCAGAACCGAUUUUUGCCAGAUGUAUUCGAGUUAUUCGCACGCAGGAAGUUGCGAAGGCGGAUCCUGGAAGGGCCGGUGUGCAAUAUGACAAGGAAUUCAUUGUGUGCUCACUCGAUCUACUUUCUGGUUUAGCUGAAGGUCUGGGAAGCAACAUGGAGAGCUUGGUUGUGAGAAGUGAUCUCAGAGAUCUCUUGUUUUAUUGCUGCGGCGACGAAGCACCAGAAGUUCGUCAAAGUGCACUUGCGCUUUUGGGAGAUCUUGCAAAGGCUUGUGCUGGUCACCUCCAACCGAGGAUGGGUGAUUUCCUCAGUCUUGCAGCAAGGCAACUGGACGUUGAACAUGUUUCUGUGUCUAACAAUGCGUGCUGGGCGAUAGGCGAAAUUGCAAUCAAGGUUGGAAAAGAGAUUGCUCCUAUUGUGAUGGGUGUCAUCAGUUGCCUGGUGCCCAUACUUUCGAGUGUUGAGAACGUCAACAAAUCGAUGCUGGAGAACAGUGCGAUUACCCUUGGAAGACUGGGUUGGGUUUGUCCCGAGCUCGUUGCUCCACACAUUGAUCACUUUAUGAAGAUUUGGUGCCAAUCGUUAGCCAUGGUCCGCGACGAUAUUGAAAAAGAGGACGCUUUCCGAGGACUUUGUGCAAUGGUAAGGCUGAAUCCCGGGGGUGCUGCAAAAUACUUUGGGUCUAUAUGCGAAGCCAUCGGUAGCUGGCAUGAAAUUCGAAGUGCCGAGCUACGCUCCGAGAUAACACAAGUUCUACACGGAUUCAAGCAGAUGCUUGGUGGAUCCUGGGAGCAGUACUUCAGUUACCUCGAUCCUGGCACCCAAGAAAAGCUUAAAAGAAGGUACGGCUUGUGACAAAUCACGGCAAAUCACAGGUUUCCACAUUGAUCUUUAUUCUGCGGGGUCUGGAGUGAAAAAAGGCCUGGUUUUUGUGCUUCCACCUCCCACUCGUUUACGUUUUUUUAGCAGCUUUACGCAAAGAAAAAAAAGAGAGAGACAGCGAGAGAGAUGUUUGAAUAAGGAGAGACUACCAAAGCAAGCCUUUUUUUUUUUUUUUGAGUGGAGAAAGGGAGAGGAGAGAAGAGAAGAGCGGAGUUUUGUUUUGUAAAAAAGAAGCAAAGAUUUAUAUAAGACACUAAAAUUUUGGAGGGA